AACUCUCGGAUAUUUCGUAUGAAUGUUAAAUAGAUUAUGCAUUUUUAUGAAAUGUUACAAAUUUUACGCAUUUUAUGUUUGUUUUUAAUAAUUUCUGUUUACAAAAAAUUCUUUGAGUGAGCUAAAUUAUUAAAUUGUGGGACAAUUUGGAGAAGAAACGAAAUUUUAUUUUAAAUAUAGCAAAAAGUUUCUACGUGGAGCAUAAGAGUUUUCCGUGGAAUCGUAGUGCGUCCGUCCAUAUGCUGCAAGGUUAAAUGAAACACCCCUUGGCGGUAACAAUUUGACAGGAAAUUCUAAGAUUUUCGUGGUGCUCUGCAAUUUUAUUAAUUUUGAUCACACACACCUUUUGGAUUUUUGUUUGAGACAACAGAAAAAGACAAAUUAUUGUAUGAGUCAAAAAACAGAGAGACCAGUUCUAUCAGGUCAACGCAUUAAGACCAGGAAGAGAGAUGAAAGAGAGAAGUAUGACCCCACGGGUUUCCGUGAUGCGGUCAUUGCUGGACUUGAAAAAACCGGUGGCGAUUUAGAGCAAAUCUCAAAGUAUCUCCACAACGCUGGCAAUAAGUUAGAUUAUCGUCGCUACGGAGAAGUACUAUUUGACAUUCUUAUUGCUGGUGGUCUUCUUGUUCCCGGAGGAUCAAUUUCUCAAGAUGGCGAAAAUCCGUGUACACAGUGUUGCAUUUUUAAUGCUUCUGAAGACAUGGAGUCCCUGCGCAAUCAGGAGCAGGUCUUCAUUAAUCUCAUGCGUCGACACAAGUACUUGGAAAAAAUGUUUGAAGAAGAAAUGAGAAAAGUUCUCGUCUUCAUAAAAGGUUUCACACCAAGCGAACGAGUUAAAUUGGCUCGUAUGACCGCAUUGUGGAUUGGAAAUGGAUCUGUUCCACCAACUGUUCUCUCGGUACUAAUCAAUGAACAUCUAAUAAAGGAUGGCAUUGCCUUGGAUUUCCUCAUUGAGGUAUUUGUCACCUUUAAGCAGGAAAAGGGAAUGUCAUCCUUGACGCAGGCACUCAAGAAGGGUAGUAUUGAGAAGCGUCUAAUGGAAUUCUUUCCACUGAAUAAACGUACCGAGGAAUACUUCAAGUCGGUGUUCAUUAGCAAAGAUCUUACGGACAUUGUCAAGUUGCAUGAGGCACGAGCUAGCCAGGAGGCUAAGCGUGAUUUACAGCAGCUUCUCAACGAUGCAAUCAAUGAUAAUAAAUCCGCUACGGAGAUCAUUGAGGAUGUAAAGGAGGCAGCUUUGAAGUCAAAUAUAUCGGAACAUGAGGUGAUUGGGCUCAUUUGGACGACUGUAAUGUCCCUUGUGGAAUGGAAUAAGAAGGAGGAACUUGUUGCUGAUCAAGCUCUUAAGCAUCUAAAGCAACAUACACAACUUCUUCAGGCAUUCACAACAACUGAUCGUGCUGAAUUGGCAUUAAUUCUGAGAGUUCAGGAAUUUUGCUAUGACAACAUGAAUUUCAUGAAAGUCUUCUCAAAGAUUAUUUUGCUCUUCUACAAAGCCGAAGUUGUGUCUGAGCAUUCAAUCUUCAAAUGGUACAAGGAGGCACAUUCUCCCAAAGGGAAGAUGCACUUCCUUGAGCAAAUGAAGAAAUUCAUCGAGUGGCUCCAGAAUGCUGAAGAAGAGUCUGAAUCCGAGGAUCAAGGCGAUAAAGUUGCAUCUGGAGAGUAAUUAAAUUUUUUUUGCUGGAAUUGUAAUAUUUUUUUGUCAUCUCUUUUAAUAAGACGCGAUACUGCAGAUAUGCAUAUACGUGAAGAAUAUAUAAUUUCCAUGGUGGCGAGGUUUACUAAUUAAAAAAAAACUACACAUAAUGAUAUAAAAAAUAUAUGCUAAGACAAAAAAAAUGAAAAAAUUUUUAAAUGAUUAUAAAUAAGGAAAAAAACAUCUUUAGUAACGAAAUUCAUACAUAUAUAUAAAAAAUAUACUCUCAACAAAUUUUCUUUCUUGUUGUUUAUUGUAUUGAUGAAAAGAGGAGUUUUAAGAAUGAUUAUAUACAAUUAAAGGAAACAAAAUAAGAAUAUAAAGCGGGAAUUUCUUAUCAAUUUUUUUCACAUAAAAAUAGUGUAGAAAUAGAAAAAAAAGUUUAUUUAUACAGAAAUAAAAAGAAAAAGGAAAAAUUAUUGAAAAGAAAAAGUAAACGAUAAAACGUAACGUAAAUCUCUUUUCUCUCCAUUUAUAUACAUAAUUAUCCUUUAGGUUUGAAUGAGAAAGAAAAUUUUAAAUAAAAAAAACUAGAUUAUAUAUAUAUAUCUUGCAUUGAGAAAGUAAAAAUUAAAUUUAAAACAAAAAAAAAAUAAGAAGAAAGUAAUGUUAUAGUGGGAAUGCAAAUAGAAUUGUAAAAAAUAAUUACACAGAAGGAAGAUUAGAUAAAAAAAAACAAACAAAAAAAGGUAAUUUAUCAAUUUGUGGAGAAAAAAAAGAAGUAGUUUAACAAAUUUUGUAAUGAGACACAUUUAACAGAAUUAUUUUAAUCAAUGACAAAUAACAUGCUGAGGAGGAAA